AUGGGACAACUGAGGAAUUCAGAAUCUCCUAAGCAAUUCUGGAUGUAUGUUGUUGCCACAAUCAUUUUGGCGGUUAUUACACUUGGCAUCUGGGAUCUAUGGACUCACAAAGAGCAGGCUAGAAAGCGCAAUUUCUGCACUCUGAAGCGCGUGACACCACAUGAGGCAAAAGAAGAUGUCGAAUGA